AUGUCGUUUGAUAAAGAGAACCUAGGCGGUGAAAUGUCGUCGCCUUUAUCUCAUAAGACACUCAAAUCCAUUUCCCCCAACCGACCCGGGAAGUUAUCGUUUGUUCAUAGUGAUAACCUCGAUGAGCAUCUCAAUACCAUUCACCAUAGUCACAAGGACAUUCAAGACCAGCUCUACAAUAUUGAAGUCCAGACCAAACAAACGAGUGUUGAUAUAGAUCAAUUGUUUAACCGACUGAAAAAUAAUAACGAGAAUCUUAAUCGGGUUCUUGAGAAUAUCUCCAGUUACUCCAAGGAAGUGAUAACUGAAGGCAAUGCCACCAAGAAGGAUAUUUCUAAUAUAUUUAGUCGAUUUGAUUCCAUCGAGGCGUUGAAUCAAAAGGUAUGUGAUGAAGUUGGUACGAGUUCCACUGAUUUAAAACAUCAAUUGGAGACUUUAAGUACCAAAUUUGACUUCACCAAAUCAGAUAUAGUGGCUAAUCUUGAUAUUCAAAGUGGUACGAUUCAAGAUAUCUCUGAAGCUUUAACGUCGUUGAGCCAAACGAUUGGUAGUAGUGAUAGUAAUUCCGAUUUGGAAUUUAAAUUACUUCAAGCACUUAACCUGAUUCUACCUAAAUUACUUGCAAUGGAAGAGUUAAUUAAGGCGUCUUCGAAGUCUUCUUCGUCUUCUUUGGAUAACGCGGAGAUUCUUGAGUUAUCCAAGAGCAUCAAAAUCUUAGCUGAAAGUAGAUUUAAUUUGGAUCAUCAAAAGGAGAUUGUGGAACCAAUUAUUAGUGAGUUUAGAAACGUCAAAUUAGAUGAUAAAUCUACGUUAUUAUUACAAGGAAUUUUCCAAAAAUUAGACAACUAUAAAUCUGAAGGUGAUCUUACUGCUAAUUUGCUUAAUAAGCUUUCAAUGCAGCUGAACGAAAAGGAUGCUCAGAUCCAAUCGCUUGAAGCUAAAAUAGAACAACAAAAUGCCAUUCUACUGGGACUAACUCAAAGACUUGCAUUGAAGGAUUCAAUACAAACUUUACAAUCAAAGCAUGACAUUCUCGAGAAUAAAUAUAACUUGAUGUGCCGUCAGUAUCAAGAGAAAUAUGAUGAACUACUUAAAAUACAAAACGAUUUCCAAUUGCUAAAGAAAACAUUGGAUACUGAUUAUUUCAAAAAGAUAGCUAAUGUGAAAGAUCUACAUUUUGAACAAAUGUCAAGACUUCUGACUUCAUUGGAGUUACCUAAAAAGUCCGGAACAUCAUUAUCUAAAAGGAUUGUUAGUACUCCAAUAGUGAUGCCAUCACUUGAUGAAGUUAAUAAUUCUGAUGGUGAGUUUUAG